ACACCACACAUGGAGGAGGAGGCUGAUUUCUUUCCGUGCAAGAGGAAUUCAAUUGCAGUGUGCGAGGAAGGGAAGGGGAGGAAAGACGAUUGACAGUGGAGAAAACACGCUGCAACAGCUCGAAGAAGAAAUCUCACCAGGUCCCGGAAGUGGUUCAGAAGUUGUCAAGAAGCGGUGUUCGGCUGUCUGUCAGUUCAUCUGGGAAUUUAAAAACUGCCCUCUCCUUAGUAGGCCAUGGCCGAACCCAGAAUAUCCUCCAUUGAUGGGAAGCUAGCCGAAGAGUUCACCGCUCCCGCUCACGUGAAAGAGGUCAAGGACAAGAUGGCUGCUUUUGCCCAGCGUCACGCAGAGGCUGGUCGCCGCGUGGUUCUCAUCACAUCCGGGGGCACCAAAGUCCCCCUGGAGUCGCGUACCGUUCGAUUCCUCGACAACUUCAGCAGCGGAAGGAGGGGAGCGUCGUCGGCCGAGUAUUUUCUCGACUCCGGCUAUGCUGUCAUUUUCCUGCACCGGCAUCGUUCAAUGUAUCCGUACACUCGCAUGUUCUCCACUGUCAACAUGCUGGACACCCUGCAGUUCAGUGCAAGCAACUCUGGUGAUGUGGUGGUGAACCAGCAGGUGCUCCCAAACAUCACCAAAGUGCUAAAGCGCUACCAGGACGUAACAAAUAGCCAACUACUUCUCCCCAUUGACUUUAGCACCCUGUCGGAGUAUCUGCACUUACUUAAAGCAGCAGCGCAGGCACUCAGCACCAUAGGUAGACAUACAGUCUGUAGAAGUGGCUGCAUUGUUGGCAUGUUGCUCAUAGCGAGUUUGCUCUGCAACGCAGGAUCGAAGGCUAUGUUUUACCUGGCUGCAGCAGUGUCGGAUUUCUACAUCCCAGCAUCGGAAAUGCCCGAGCACAAAAUCCAGUCUUCAAAUGGACCUCUUCAACUAACCAUGAAUAUGGUUCCCAAAAUCCUGUCCCCGUUGGUGAAGGACUGGGCACCGCAGGCUUUUGUCAUAUCCUUCAAACUGGAGACAGACUCCUCCAUCCUGUUGGAGAAGGCUCGAAGAGCGCUGGAUACCUACAGGCACCAGGUGGUCGUAGCCAAUGUUCUGGACUCCAGGCGGGGUUACGUUGUGGUUGUGACCCCGAGCACCCAGGAUGAGGUAGUGCUCUCCAAAGAGGACAUGAAGAAUGAGGUGGAGAUCGAGGAGAGGAUAGUGACUAAUUUGACAACUGCGCACGGCCAGUUUAUUACACAGCAAGCGGGUUGAUCAUUAUUGGAGUUUCGAUUUGGUCUGUAUCUGUGGUAGGGAUAAUUAAUUGAUUACUAAAAUCAAUCAUGUCAAUCGAUAAAUCUAUGCAACUUUUGUAUCAAAGUUGGUAAUAUCUUGAAGCAAAGUAAGAAUGUUAUUACAUGGCAGCAAGCCAAUCGGUACCAUAUUGACCCGAAUAUCAGACAACCCUUAGUGGCAUCCCACAGUGGCUAUUAAUUAUUUUAAAAUUAAAACAGAGUUUGGAGCCACCUUAAACUUUCAGGACUCACUUCCAAAUGCGCAAAGCUCAUUAUCUGAAACUUUGGCAUCGUUUUAACACAAGAAUACAACAUUCUAACUACAUUUAUAGGUCAGAAAAGUGGAAAAAGAAUAUUAGGUCCCUGUUAAGACGAAAACAUGAUCAAUAUUGCAUUUUACUUAAUCACUGUUUCAUGACUCUGUGUCACUGUUCACAAUUACUUUAGAAUGAGCAUCAGAAUUCUUUGCUAACUUGUUCAACCUUUGAGGUCGCUGGUGUUUGACAGGAAUAAAAGCUCUGAUUCACAUGAUGAGAAGUUGAAUAUAAUGUGACUGUACAUUUUAGGUCAUUACAGUAUAUUUCUUGAAACAUGACUAAUUAAUAAUCAUAUGACUGUAAUGGUUUGACAUGAUGUUCAAUGAAUGAUACUAUGAAGUUUGUGUACAUGGACAGCAUGUAAUACAGUAUUUUAAAUUGUGUCUAUUCUAAGUAUAUUCUUUUUAGUGCCC